AUGGCAACUCAGGAAGGAGGAGAUGACGAUCAGCUAGCGGCAAGCCCUUUGGCUGUUAGCUGGGUAGAAGAACAGUAUCAAAAAAUCAAACAGAAUGCAGAAACAUAUCCAUAUGUAUGGGGUUCCUAUAUCGUUGUGUACGGAGGAUUUGCCCUCUGGACAACCUACAGAUGGAGAAAGCUCCGCAAGACUGAGGACAGAGUUCGAGCCCUUCAAGAAAGACUCCGCAAACUAGUUGAAGCAGAAGAGUCUGCAAGUUCUGCUGCAUUGACAGACAAAAAACCACCAGUUGAGGGUAAAACAUCCGAGUAG